AUGUUUUUGCUGAUAUUUGUCAGCAGCACCUACGGCUUCGUGUCCCGCAAUCAAUCGUUCGAGUCUCGAGGGCGAUUUAUCUGUGCUGGAAAUCCAGUUCGCAAGGCCACCGUUGAGCUCUGGGAGGACAACAAGCCUUUGUGGAAACUCAUCCGCGCUUGGUUUUUGAAGGCAAAAGGUAAGGUCUUCAUACGUUCUCCGACUUUUGACCACUCUAUUCGUGUCUGUACUACGUCGCUCUAUUCAGUGCCUUGGGAUUCGUUCCUUACGAAAACGGAAACUGACGACACAGGCUCAUUCACAAUAAAGGCAACAUUUCGGCGCGAAACGGAAAUUGUUCCAUAUUUGUUUGUAUUCCACCGAUGCGAUAUCGAGCGCAAUCCACUAAGUCAAGGUCGACCUCAGGUAGCAACAGCUCCCCUCACUUUCGUACAAUUUUAUAAAUGUGUACUAAUGCCUGCAAGUGUAUUCUGA